AUGGGGCCGUUUCUUGAACCAACAAAUGCUAUUGGGCUCAAUGAGUGUAGUUAUUCUAAAUCAAAACAAACUUCCUUGAGAAAUGAUCAUGGUUCCAUUGUUUUACAAAGAACUUUUAGUGAACCACAGUCUCCAAUGAGUUUUUCUAACCAAGAAAAGAAAAGCCCAGCUUUCAACAGUUCAUUGACUCAAUAUAAGCAUUCAAAUUCGAGUAGCAUAUCAGGCAGAAGAGUAAAACCUUACAUCUCAAAGAGGAAAAGAGAAAAAUUGGCACAAACAGCUUUACCUGGUAGUUCCUCUUCUCCACUUAAACGUCAGUUAGCUGCGGAGAAGUCUAAUUUUGAUCAUUCUAUAAAGGAAGUCGAUUUGCAACCUAACAGACCUUGUGAAAUAUCAGAUGGAAAACAUUUAGCUCGCGCAUGCCGGCCGCCUAAACAGUUGCAUUUAAAUUUUGAAGGUCAUUCGCAAGGAGUGAACUGUGUGUAUUGGAACCCAACUAAAGGUAACCUGUUAUUAUCUGCAGCAAUGGAUCACCUUGUCUGUGUAUGGGACACUUCGUGUGGGAGUACAUGCCGCAGGACACUUGCACAUCAUACAGCAGCAGUGAAAGACUCCAAGUGGAGUUUAUGUGGAGAGAAAAUCCUGAGUUGUGGUUAUGACAAAACUGCUAGACUUUCUAAUUUGGAAACAGGUAAUGUGAAUCAUGUCUGUAGUUUGAAGAUAAUGCACAUGUCAUUGGCUUGUCCCAGGGGUAGGAACUGGGACUAACCAGGGCAAUGAAUGUCGGGGAAUAGUUCUCUACACCUGGCGGAGGGGGAAAUUCACAAAUAAUUAUUUUAAAUAAUUUUGAACAAAAGAGAUGGAGAAAUUCAAAAUUUUUUGAAAAUAGUGGACAGCAACUACUGUGAAGUCAUGGGAUUUACUGCUUUCCCACACCCUUAGAUAUCUGAAAUAUAAAGUUGCAAGGAGGGAAAUAGGCCUUUUGCAACCACAAUUGAUCACGUGAUCAGCUUUCUGUAAACACAAAACAGUUCGGUUUUGGGAAGUUUUGUUGGCAGGAACUGAAAAAGCAUAUAAAAUUAGCUAACCUGUAAAUUUUCUGCGUUAUAUCUCAAAAGUAGCGAUUGCAAAGGCACCAAAAACUAGAAGGAUUUGUAUGGGAAAAACAACUCUUGCCACCCAGUCACCGCAGUGUGACUAUAAUAUUUCCUUAAGCAUAACAGGGCUCAAAUUUUCAUUUUUUUAUGACAUACAGAUUGAGCCCUUAAAUGCGUAAGGAAAAGAUUUAACAACAGUGUGAAAAUUUAAAUUUUAUAUCCGUACAAGGACUUGCACAGAAAAGCUAGAGUUGUUUAGUUUUUCCCAUACAAAUCCUUCUAAUUUCAAAAUGAAGUCAAACAGAGAGUGAGUAUAGAUGCAAAAAAUUGCAAUCCUGCUUUUUUCUUAACCAUUUUUCCUGUACUUUGGGAAAUCUUGUGAUUCUUGUGACAAAUCCCAGAAACAUUUGCUUUGUGCCCAGUGUAGUGAAUUUUGUGGGUGUGCACAUUGCUUCAGUCUGAAUUUCAUGUAUAAAAUUGCUGUUCUUGUUGCCAAAAAGGAAUAAUAGGUAAUAUCGCUGAUACAUUGUAAAUUAAUAACUAAAGAAAUUCAAUGAAUAACUGAAGUACCUAAUUUACAUAACUGAAUCAACAGUAAUAGUGGUCAUAAGUGGGCUAAGUUUUGAUAACCUUGCCAAGCAUCAACUAAGGAUAAAAAAGUCCUGUCAAUGAGGUGAAUAUCAAGAGGGGGUUUUCGCAGAGGAUGCUUCGUCAAGUUAAAUUUCCUCACCCCUCAGAGGGGAAAUUCUCAAAUUUUGCUCUACCCAUUGUACAGUCUACCCUUUUGGGCAAGCUCUGACACUCGUGGGUUUGACACCUUCUCAGCUGAGUCACUGACUUUCCCAGCCCGUGCUCCUUCCUCCUCACCCCACGUACUUUUUACCCUCCACAAGGAGGGAAAGAGGCUGUGCAGAAUUAAAAUUUUUAUUGACACCUAAGUUCAAAAUGAAUGACAACUGUGGCUUGCUUGUAUUGCUGUUCUUGUCUAUUUAUUAAAAUGUGUAAUAAUUUAAGCAUGGAAGUAAGCAACCUGUAGGCUUCCUCUUCUUCAUCUCUGAAAUUAUCAUCAUUCUCAUAUUCAUCAUUCCCGACAGAAAGUGAACCAGAACGAUCAUACCUUCGGCAAGUUUUCCAAAAACAGCUUCCCCUCCUUGUUUACGAUAUGAUAAUUAUUCUAGCCACCCAAAACUCUCUUUCCAGCACAGAUGAAAUCCUCAUUUGUGUUUUUCAUUUUCGUACUUUCUACUCUUCUCCAAUUCUUUUCACUUCCCUUCGCCUUUUUGCAUGGUGGGGGCUUAAGGUUUGCGAGCAGUCGCUCCAUAAAUUACCUGAUCUUCUAAGCAACCACAUCAAGUGCAAGGUACAAAGUGAGCUGGCCUGGGUCCCAGUGAUACUCACAAUCAACUGAACAAAUGACACGAGAGACAAGAAAGAGGCCAUGGACUGGUGGUAGUUUUGUACUUUCUUUAUUAUUAUCCUUACAACUUAAAGUAAUUUUUUUUCAUUAUAAUCAAUUUCAAAGAAUCAGUCAGUUCUUUCAAAUUUCUACUAGCCGAUGGGCUAGAAAACAUGACAUUGUAAUCACCUGACAUAAUUUUUACUUGCCUUGGGCUACCAGAGAUAUCAAAACCUGCCAUGACAUGUGCAUAAAACACAAGUAAAUAGUUAUAUUACUUACUUUAUGUGCAAUUUGAUUGGAUAACUCAGUAGUGAAUCACGGUCAAAAAGGUAAAGAGUCCUUAUUUUACGUUGGUAGCUCGAAAAAGUCACAAGAUUAACCAACCUGAGGCUGAUGGUGCACUCAUCCCCCUCCCUCCCCCCUCUCUCUCCAUUAGUGCUCUGUUCUACUGGUAUUUAAAGCCAGAACUUAAAGCUACAUAGAAAGGAAAGAAGUCAAAACAAAGAUUUGAGGCCACACUCAGGGAACAAACAUGGCAACUGCCACACAGAAGGCUGUGCACUAGCCAUCUGUGCCAAUUCUUCCUCCCCCAGAUAUUCCCCCUUCUUACCCCACAUUCUCCUUAUACCCAAAAAACUUGAAAUCUGAAGGUGAACUUCCCAAUAAAGCCAAAUACUAGCUCUCUCAAAAACAGCAAGAUAUUUUCCACAAAUAGACAAUGUUGUCAUUUGUAGAAGAUGUAGAACUUUAAUGUGCUCCAGCUUUAAUUUUUUUUCAGGGCAAGAAAUCAUUAAAUUUCCGCACAAAAACUUUGUCACCUGUGUCCAGUUUCACCCAACAGAUCCAGCAUUAUUUUUGUCUGGGACUUUCAAGUCUGCCAUCCUGUGCUGGGAUACAAGAACUGGAAAUGUAAGUGUACAGAAAUUAUGUAUAUUUUUUAACAAACUGUUCUCAGAGUGCCACUUAACUCAUGAAUAGACUCUCACAGCUCAAAGUAAAAUUGCUGGGACUGCUGGCAGUCAUGUUGACCCGCCUGAGAAAUUUUAUCUCUGUCACGUCUCUCCAUCUAGCAGGUCAUAAUGUCAAAAAAACAUGAUAAUAACAUGAAUAUCCUAACCUAGUGAAAGGGGAUGCUUGACCUCUUGAAACGUACUGCUGUGAAUAUGUUUUUUUCACUGGUCACUUGUUUAUGUGUCCGGUCAAAAUGACCAGCAAACCGAAUGUUUGUCCGCAUGAAUGGCCAUCUUGGCUGGACAUUGUCUGUUGACUGGCCAUUAUUUUGAGGCCUGGAAUCUACUACAGUAAUCUAUGUUUUUACAUCAUUUGCAAAAGAAAACUGUUUUCCAUUGAACUGUUUGAAUAAAUUAAUCAUUUUUACAUUGAACCAAAUACUGAACGGGGAAUGAGAAGGUAUUUUGUUAACUGUAGGUGACUCUCUCAAGAUUUUUGUGAGUUGGACCAAGCUGGUUUUGGUGGGAUAAUAGUAAUAACUGGUGAAAUGAAAAUGCUAAGUAAGAACAGUUUUUAUUAAGAAGGUUUCAGAUUGGGACCCAAACUCAUAACAUUUUAAAAUUAAAAAAAAAAAAAAAACAUUUUCAUAUUUUUUUCCCUCACAGAUCACAUCAACAUACUCUGCUCUUUUUGGCCAAGUACAGGACAUAGCAUUUCUUCCUGGAGGAGAUGAGUUUGUUUCUGCUGCUGAAGUGGUCAAGAGAAAUUCUACGGACAAAGGAAUCAUGGUCUGGGAUUUUAGAUCAACUGCAGUAUUAUCCAAUCAAAUAUAUCAGGUCUGUCUUCAGCAUUAAUCCCUCCUAUUUGAAAGGCAAAUACGCAUUAUUUACAUAAUUUUGGGAACAGGGUUUUCCCAUUUAAUCAGUAUGAUUGUUCUGUUUAUAAGUUUUGAAGAAAACACAAAGUCACCAUUGUCUUCCUGAAAAUGGGACCAAAGUGCUCAUUAGCCUCUCCAGGGGGUACUCCUUAUAAUGGUGUAUACCAGAGCUCUGCCCAAAGGUGUACCUUUUUCAGGCUUCAGAUAUACGAGAAGUUAGGGAUUUCAUUAGUUGAUGUAAGAAAAUUUGUCAUUUUGCUCUGUGAAAAGACAAAAAGGACCAACAGAUGUACUUUAUGGCUGUGAAGAGAUAAGACAACUUCCUGGUUUUGUUGUUUAUACAUAUUAGAAGGAUGGUGCAUUUAUAACAGUUGAAGUGUUCUAAACUGUAGGUAUGUGAAAGGGGUCACAUUUGUCAAUAGAAGGUAUAUGCAAGAGGUACCAUUUCUGUCAAAAAUGGUGUAUAAAAGGGUAGAGGGUUGAAGCCCGUGGUGGAGUGUUGCUGUAUAAGACUUUGUUCGGCAAACACUCUACCUCUCCCAGGACAUAAGCAGGGCAUUGUCUGCUUCAAAACAUGUUUUUCGUUAUUGCAUAUGAGAAAAUUGUUGUCUAAUGGCAGUUCUCUAGAGGUGACAAAAAAAUCUCUAGAAUGAUCAAACAUAAUUUGACUGAUAAAGACAGUUAUUAUGAAUCAUAGCAUUGUGCAUGUAAACGUACUAUUAGAGUUGGAAUCUCACGCGUUAGAGAAAUAAAAUAAAAAUUAUUAUCUUCAAUUUUUUUGUUGUCAUCCAGGAAGCCUUCACUUGUACCUGCUUAAAAGUCCAUUCUCAUGAAGCUCAUUUUGUGGCCCAGUCCAAUGGAGAUUACAUUGCUCUGUUCUCAACAAGGCAGCCAUACAAGCUAAACAAGUUCAAAAGAUAUGAGGGCCACAAGGUAUUAUAUUCAAUUUCUGUUACUUAUAAAUAAUGAAUCCCAUAGAAAAUGGGUUACACUUUAUACUAUACAGUCUUUUCCAUGGGCACCCAUACCCCUCCCCCUACUGUGGACGGCAAACUCCUUAUGGCAGGGACACUAAAGGAGCUAAAUGCCCUACAGUGGGGACAAAUAUAGAGGGCAAAUCCCCUACCUCCAGGAUUGCCCCAAAUCAACACUACAGCAGUGUUCAUUCAUUGCACAAUAGAGUAGUUACACUUUCAGCAUUUUAAUGUGCAAUUUUUUUCUUGUUUCUGCUCAUCUGCCUCUCCAUCAUUUCUUCAUAAUAACUUACUAUCUGAUGUAAAUAAACACUUCUAUUUAUUAUUUAUACUGUAUUGUACUUUAUAAAAUAACUGAGAUAGUACGCGUGAUCUGAUUGGUCAAAAACCUAUGGUUUAUUAUACCGGUAAACCCAUAGAAAAAGGCAUCCGGACCACGCGCCAUAAACAAAACCGGCUAUUGAUCUGCAAACAAUGAUUUUAGAAAGGCUAAAAAAAGAACAAGUUACUUACCCAGCCCUUCUUAAUAUCAAAAGCGUUGGUUUCCACAUUUUAUUACUGCCAUAGCUUUAGAAGUAAUAAAGUACAAAGCUGGAAAGCAGUUUAUAUUUCACGACGAUGCCAAAUCGCUGAGAAAGGCAACAACUGUGUGAAUUUCUGGUGUAGAAAGUCUCCAGGAAAACUUAACCAUGUGCCAACCAGCAACAAAACGGAUAGUUUUAGCAUUCUUGAUUUAUUUUAUGUCAAAAUUAAAUUCCUUAAUGAAAGAAAUUGUUCCAAAAAGAGAUCUCUGAUCAAGAUAUGGUACAAAAUCGGCCGCUGUAGGUUGUAAACAAGCUGCCAACGAUGAUGAAAGAUGUCAGAGUUUCGGGCUGGUUUUUUCCAACAUUUGCACAAAUUAUUCGGUGAUAUGGAUGCCAUAACCUACCUCAAACCACCUGACUUUACAAAUCGACAAAUAUUAACGCCAAUAUGUGGCUACGGCAAAGAAACUUUUCUCCACCACUGACAUGAUAUUUCCAUCGGUCACUGUACGUGCAUAUGAAAGUUACAUGCGACAACUUUGCAAAUGCAGCCGCGUCGUUACCGCAGUAUUUCUUAAUCAUAAUAAAGUCCAGAAAACAGAUCUGAAACCACUGUGGCUUGUAAAAUGUGAAUGAAGUCCUCCAUUACAAUAGCUGCCAGUUCCGUCUGUAAGCACAAAAUUCUUAUUGAUCGGCUCAACAAAAUACAGCGGCAUACAGUCUGAUGUUCAAUUAAUUUCUACUUCGGUAGUAAACAAACCAUGAACGUAUUUUUUCAUUGUACGUUCGCUUGAAUAAAUGUUGACUUUUCCUGUAAAACAGCUUUCAUAAGUUAUCAUGUAAUGAGUGCAAAAACUCGUGUUUUGAAGUGCUGCUGUUUGUUGUUUUACUGAACUGAGUUUUAAGAAAGUUCAACGCUAUUAAAUCGUGAGUCAUGAUUGGCUUAUGAUGACUUUAGAGAGAAGACGUGACUUGAUCACGGUACUAAAACCAUAUUUUUUUACCGAAAAGACUCCAUUCUACUAAAUGUUAUUUUAUAUGUGGUUAAAUGUAAUUUAAGCUAAGUUAAACGCGAAACAAUGCUGGUCUGGGGUUUCCCUUGUCUCGGUCAUGCGCAGUGGUGGGGGAUCUGCAGGGGGUCGCGUGGUUUUACAGCUCGGGUUUUGAGGUCAACUCAUUUGCACGUGCACUUUUGCCUUUUCGACGGUGCUUGGCGACUUUACUCCCCGCCCUUCCCUCCCCCUUUUUCCGGUAAGUAUGUGGUAAGUAUCAUGGUUCCACUGUCUUUUGUCAGUGUGACGGUGCCUGGUGGUUGCCGCUCACAGGGUUGUCAUGGUUACCCUACGCGCUCGGCUCCGGUGCUCGAGGCCCCACCAUCUUUCCAGGCACCUUCCCCAAGCUCAUCUAUUGUUGAUGAGUUUAAAAAAGCAAUAGACCACACUUUCUAUGGGUUUACCGGCGUGAUAACCCACUUGGGAUGUUGGGAGAACACUCGAAAAGCUUGUAAAUCACUCGCCUUCGGCUCGUGAUUUACAAGCUUUUUCUCGUGUUCUCCCAACAUCCCGCGUGGGUUAUCACGCCGGUAAACCCAUAGAAAGUGUGGUCUAUUGCUUAAGUAUAUUAUACUGUAUUGUAAACAACUUCAUUAAUUUUGUAAAAAUAGAUUGAGAUUACAUUGUAAAAGAAUAGUCUACUAUAAAGUCAUCUUUUUCUUAAUAUAAAUGAUGACAGACUUAAAACUUAACCUAAAGCACCCUUAAGCCUAAAACAGCAGCACUAUACACUUAAACAAUAAAGAGAGUGCCAAGCAACUUUUUUCUAUGUGUAUGAUUAGAAUUUCAAAACACUUGUGUGUAGACUCUAACUAGUUAGUGAGCCAGAUGACGUGGGCUCCAUAUUCUCUUCCACAGUUUUUUUCAACUUUUGACAUGGACAAGUUAGGGAAAAUCCAUCCAUUCUGCUGGAAAGGGGACUUUUUAAUUUGUAAAAUUGCCAAGUUUGCAAAUGAUUUGUUGAAAACUAAUGAAGAUAUAGGUCCUCAAAGUCCUAAAAUUUUACAGAUGUUUGUAUUGUGGGGGGCACAAACUUGACACCAACCAUACAAACGUCUGUAAAUUUUCGCAACUUUGUGGAGGUAUAUAUUUGCUCGCUUAAUAUAUACCACUUUAAAACUUGGGAAUAUUACCAAUUUUAAGGCGCUCAUUCCAAUGGUGUCAACGGAUUUUUCCUGACUGGUCCAUGUUUAAAGUUGAAAAUACCUUGAAGGGGUCUAUUCUUAUCAUGUCGUGUUUAUGAGAUAAUCAUAGCAAUAAUAGUGAUCAAUCUCAGUCCUUUCCUCUUUGUUAUAUUAUAUAAGUGUACAACCAGACAGUUAGGAUUAAUGUUUGUGAACCAUGAAGCACAUGAGAUAUUUGUGUUACUGACUAGGCAUGAACCUAAGAUGGCCCAUCUUGCCCAUUUGGAUUUCCCAGUUAGUCCCACAAGAAAAAGUUCUACUAAUGGGAACCUUUAUUGACCCAGCUUGUUUGGUCAAGAUGGCUGGAUAUUAACCUCGUUCUCUUUUGCAUUUUUUUUUUUUUACCUCGACUUCAUCUUGGUCCAUAAAAACACGAGGAAAACUUGGCAAAUAUCCAGCUACAGUGUAUCUUGACUUCACAAGUGGUUAAUUUAAUGCAUACAUAUUAAAUUCUGGAUCAACAUUUUAUUGUUAGGUGAGUGGAUAUCACAUUGGGUGUGAUUUUAGCCCUGAUGGUUCAAUCAUUACCUCUGGUUCUGCAGAUGGACAAAUCUAUUUUUAUGAUCAUCACAUAUCCCACAUGGUGAGAACAUUACAGGCUCACUCUAUGCCAUGUAUGGAUGUUGCUUUCCACCCCACCCUGCCAAACUGUGUUGCUAGUUGUGGGUGGGAGGGACAAGUCAAAGUUUGGAAGUAA